AGGCGUCAUUUCCCAUUUUGCUCGUCUUCUUCAAGCUCUCGACCAGCAGCGGAGGACAGCUCGCACGAAAACUCGCGGCUUUCGUUCUUUUCCACGCCCGGCUCGCUCUCUUCUGCUUAUUUGUUCCCAUCAUUGCUGAACUGAAAUUGCCUUUUGUGCUCGGGCACCUCACUGUUGCUAAUACUGGGGUUCUGACGCUAUUCGUGCUCCUUGAUGAUUGCUAAUUGUGAAUCGUCCACUUCUGCCUCUACCGUGUUCAUAGAUUUUGAAAUGACAUAUUUUCACUUCUCUGCACGUGUGAGUAAACCAGUGCUGGAGCAGAGUGAGUAUUCCAUUGCAUUCUGCAACCCUUUGUAUCAAUAGGUGAGUUGUGGUGGCAUCAACAUUUUCCACUUUUGAGGGGAAGUGCAACCUAAUUUUUUGAUUUGAUUAGAUGGAUCAAUCAAAAAAUCAAAACUACUUGCAUUAUAAUACGACUAGAGAAAAUGUCAAUGUGGAAGUAGUUCCUGAACCUCAGGGUGUUAAGAGGAACAUACUAGAACAUGACACUCCUGAUUUGAACCAUCCAAAGUCUAAGCCUGUGCUUAAUUACUCAAUACAGACAGGUGAAGAGUUCUCCCUUGAGUUCAUGCUCGACAGAUUUAAUACCAGAAAAUCCCAUGUUGUUCCAAAUACUUAUGUGGAUCCAAGUCAUACACCUGGUCACCUGGAGCUGAAAGGUAUUUUAGGAACUGGAUCUGAAAGAGGUUCAGAUAUUCACAUGUUCACCGCAAUGGAAGGUCUAAGAUAUACAGAAGAAAGAAACUCUUCAUUUUGUGAAUCGAAAAGUCACAAUGGCUCUAUGCUACCUGUACAUCAAACUUAUGCAGAGAACAAUGGCUUUCAUUCUGGAGCCUCUGAUAGUUCAGUGGUACAUCUUAAGAUUCUUUUCAGCUUUGGUGGAAAAAUAUUACCUCGGCCGAGUGAUGGAAAGCUCAGGUAUGUGGGAGGGGAAACACGCAUUAUCCGCAUAAGGAAGGACAUAACGUGGCAUGAGUUAUGGAAGAAAGCUAUAUCAAUUUAUGACCUUACUCAUGUUAUAAAGUACCAGCUUCCAGGAGAGGAUCUUGAUGCUUUAGUUUCUGUGUCAUGUGAUGAGGAUUUGCAGAACAUGAUGGAAGAAUGUUAUAUUUUAGAUGAUAGAGAAGGAACUAAGAAGCUUAGGAUGUUUCUCUUUUCUUUGAUUGACUUGGAGGACUCUCAUUUUAGUCUAACUAAUUCUCAUGCUGAAUGUGAGAUUCAGUAUUUUGUUGCUGUCAAUGGUUUUGACAUGUCAUCCAGGAAAAGCUCAGUUUUGCAUUGCAUAGGAUCUUCUGCAAACAGUUUAACUGAGCUGGAUAUGCCGAAUGUUGAGAUUGACACCGGCAGAGUUGCAUACAAUUUUAUUGAUGAGAAAAAUGAAUUUUUGUCUGGUUUUGAUGGCUCAUCCUCAAUACCCAAGCCUUCUGAACAACACAAUUCCUAUGAUGCUUACAUAUCAGAAAUGCACCUUUAUCAUAAGCAGAUGCCACAUUAUGAUGACAGCAUACAGCAGAAUUUGGAACCCGAUAGCAAUUUGAAUUCUGACACGCGAUUUCCUGAAAGUCUCAUAGUAAAACAAAACAGAUUUCUAGCUCAGAAAGAAGAUACUGAGGGGCCACUGUUAGAUGGAUUGAGUGUUAGUAGUCAUUUACAAAUUGGUGGGAAGCCAUUGAAAUCAAAUGCCAAUGGUUCAGCUCAUCAUAGAGGGGAGGUUCAGACUAAUGAAAUAUUUUCAAAUGAGCAGCUUGCUGCUGCACAUUUGCUUAACAAUCACACCAAUGAUUACUCUCCUGAAGAGAAUGGCGGGCAGCCCCAAUAUCCAAUAUAUACCGUUUCCCCCCUUGAAACUACAAGCCCUGAACUUCCUAAUUCUAGCAGAAAUGACUGUAGUUGCGCAUCUGUUCCUGAAUCUAGCAAUUCAGAAUCUGCUCCUAUUGAUUUGAGCUUCUUUGAGCCCACUCCGCCACCCCUUCCCCAGAGAGUAUUUUGUUCGGAAAGAAUUCCCCGCGAGCAGGCAGAAUCGAUGAACAGGGUAUCCAAGUCAGAUGAUUCGCACAACUCUCAGCUCCUUAUGAACCAUCCUCAUCCUGAUGUUACACGAACAGAUUUGCGUACAGAGUCUGAUGAAAAAGUGCAAAACUCAAAUCAUGUACAGAAUGAGCGGAUCAUUCCUAUUGAGAACCCCCUGCCUACCGGUAAGCCUCAUAAGGCAAAGCAGACAGUACCACUUGGUCUGGAUAUGAAAGACAAAGCACGUGAGAGCCAAGUGGAUCUCCAUGGGGCAUUAUCAUCUGAAAUUGCUAGUAAACACUUUUUUGCUGAUGAUUCAGUGGAUGCUGGACCCAGGGUUAAUGCCAUUAGCCAACUGAAUGCUGAGAAAUACCAGGAAGAUUCAGUUAAUAGUCUUCCUGACAUCCAUUGGGGAGAUAGGAUUGACAAUGAGCUAUUUCUUAAUAAUGCUCGUGGUCCUUCUCAGCACUUAGACGAGAAGGGGAAUGGUAAUAAGGCUGUUGCUUUGGAGGAACCUAGUGCUGGUGUGGCUAGAGCUGAGCAAGGGGAUAUAAUGAUUGAUAUCAAUGAUAGGUUCCCUCGUGAUAUCCUUUCUGAUAUAUUUGCAAAAGCCAUUCUUUCUGGAAGUUUAAAUAAUAUUGAUUCAACACCUCAGAGUGGAGUUGGUGUGAGUGUGAACAUGGAAAACCUUGAACCUAAGAAUUGGUCCUUCUUCCAAAAGUUGGCGGGUGAUGAGUUUGCCAAGAGAGAUGUUUCUUUAAUAGAUCAAGAUCAUCUUGGUUAUUCUCCUAGGCUUCAAAAGAUUGAUGAGGCUUCUUCAGCAUAUGGAAUAUUGCCGUCCAUGAGUGAGGGAGUUGCUUUAAGCCAUUUGGAUCAGCAAGUUAAUCUAGUUGAAGGUAAUCAGACAGAAUUAUCAAGCAGCAAUGUUGGACCCAAUUCUGUGAUGUUGCAUUCUGGAUAUGGCCCGAGCUCAGGGUAUGAGGACGGAAUUAUAAAUAUUGGGCUACCUCCUUUAGGCACUUCUUUGGUGGAUGUUGACCUAAGUUCGUUGCAGAUAAUCAGGAAUGAAGAUCUUGAGGAAAUGAGGGAACUUGGUUCUGGCUCAUUUGGGACAGUGUACCAUGGAAAAUGGAGAGGGAGUGAUGUUGCAAUCAAAAGAAUAAAAAAGAGUUGCUUUACUGUGCGAUCAUCGGAGCAAGAGAGAUUGACACUAGAGUUCUGGAGGGAGGCUGAUAUUCUUUCAAAGCUUCAUCACCCGAAUGUGGUAGCAUUUUACGGUGUAGUACAUGAUGGAAUAGGUGGAACUCUUGCUACUGUAACUGAGUAUAUGGUGGAUGGCUCUCUAAGGCAUGUUCUAAUUCGCAAAGAUAGGCAUCUUGAUCGGCGAAAACGAAUCAUAAUAGCCAUGGAUGCGGCAUUUGGGAUGGAAUACUUGCAUUCAAAAAACAUUGUGCAUUUUGAUCUGAAAUGUGACAACUUACUGGUUAAUUUGAAGGAUCCUUCACGACCAAUAUGCAAGGUUGGUGAUUUUGGGCUGUCAAAGAUAAAACGGAACACCCUGGUGUCUGGUGGAGUAAGGGGGACACUCCCGUGGAUGGCUCCUGAGCUACUAAAUGGAAGCAGCAACAAAGUCUCCGAGAAGGUUGAUGUGUUCUCCUUUGGGAUUGUGUUAUGGGAGAUUCUCACGGGAGAGGAGCCUUAUGCCAACAUGCACUACGGCGCAAUCAUAGGUGGGAUAGUGAGCAACACGCUGAGGCCGGGCAUCCCAAGCCAGUGCGACCCAGAGUGGAGAAACUUGAUGGAAGAAUGUUGGGCUCCAAACCCCUCCUCCAGACCUUCAUUCACAGAGAUUGCCAGUCGUUUACGCGCUCUGUUGUCCACCAUCCCCCCUCCAUCCAAAGCUCCCAAGCCGCCCCCGCCAUCAUCAUAACUCACCCCAUGUCUAGCAGUGUAACUUUUUUUACUUUAUUUUUUAAAGAGAAAGAUAUAUAUACUCCGCAUAUAUAUAUAUAUAUAUAUAUAUAUAUAUAUAUAUAUAUAUAUAUAUAUAUAUAUAUAUCAAAGACUUGGGAAGAACCGAUGGCAACUUAUUUUUGGGACCAUCUACUGCUGGUACUACUCGCAGCACAAUGAGAUGAUGAGAAUAUAAUACAGGGUACUUAUUAGUACUAAGUAUUUUAGAUAGUACUUAAUGCCUGCCAAAUGUUUAUUUUCAUGUCUUAGGGCCUCUUUGGCAACAAUGUUAGAUGUUACAAUUAGCAUUAAAAGAAACUAGUUUUU